AUGCCCGACUCGCCGGUCUCAUCAUCAUCGUCGUCGUCGUCGGCAACGUUCCCCUACGCCGAGGAGAAAGGAGGAGGAGGAGGGCUGGAAGCAGGCGGCGUGGAAGCAGACGAUCCCAAAUCUACUACUAGUAGUAGUUCCAAACCGCCGUCGGACGCCGGGUGGACGCGCGGGGUGGGGUUCUGGCGGUGCUUCGUCGGGCUGUGCAUCCCGAUCCUGCUGUCGGCGUUCGAGGGCAGCGUGGUGAGCACGGCGCUGCCGACCAUCUCGCGGUCGCUGCGGCUGGGCCCGGCGUCGUCGUGGGUGGCGACGGCGUUCCUGCUGGCGUCGAUCGUGUUCCAGCCGCUGUACGGGCAGCUGGCCGACAUCUGGGGGCGGCGGCACCUGAUGAUGGCGGCCGUGGUGGUGUUCGGCGUGGGCAGCGCCGUGGCCGGCUACGCCAGCAGCGCCGCCGUGCUCGUGCUGGGCCGCGUCGUGCAGGGCAUGGGCUCCGGCGGCAUCGACCUGUUUGCCGAGCUGAUCCUGUGCGACAUCAUCCCGCUGAAGAAGCGCGGCCACUACGUCGCCAUCAAGGCCGCCGUGUACGCGCUCGGCACCACCGUCGGGCCCUUGCUCGGCGGCGUCUUCGCCCAGACCAACUGGCGCUGGUGCUUCGGCGUCAACCUGCCCGUGUGCAUCGUCGCGCUGGUGCUGAUGUGGUUCUGGCUGCAGCUGCACAGCGGCGACUCGUGGCAGGGCCUGUCGGUGCGCCAGCAGAUGGGCCGCGUCGACUACGCCGGCCUGCUGCUGCUGACCGCCUCGGUCGUGCUGAUCCUGUGCGCCCUCAGCCUGGCCGGCACCGUGUACGCCUGGGCCGACGCGCCCAUCGUGGCCGCCCUCGCGGGGGGUUGUUCCGGCAUCGUCGUCUUCGUCUUCUGGGAGCGGUGCCGCCGCUGCGCCCACCCGAUCAUGGCGCCGCACGUCUUCUCCAACCGCACGACCGUCGCCGCGCUGGUCGUCACCACCGUGCAUGGCUUCAUCACCUACGGCUUCCAGUUCUACCUGCCGCCCUUCUUCCAGGCCGUGCUGGCCGCCUCGCCGGCCCGGUCAGGCGUGCUGAUCCUGCCCUGCAGCCUGACCAUCGUCAUCCUCGCCGCCGUCGGUGGCCCCCUGCUGGCCCGCUUCGGCAAGUACCGGCUGAUGCACCGCGCCGGCUUCGUGCUGAUGAUCGCCGGCCUGCUGCCCUGCAUCGCCUUCGAGUCGUCCCGCGCCGUGUGGCUGUGGAUCGUGCUGUCGUUCCUGGUCGGCAUCGGCUCCGGCAUCAUCGUGUCGACCACGCUGCCGACCGUGCUGGUCGAGCUGACCGACAAGGAGAACGCCGCGGCCACCGGCUCGUGGGCCUUCCUGCGCGGGCUCGGCUCGCUGCUCGGCGUGGCCGUCCCCAACGCCGUGUUCAACGCCCAGUUCGCCGCCUCGCUGCACUCCAUCCAGGACGCCGCCGCCACGGCCCAGCUGAGCAACGGCCAGGCCUACGAGCACGCCUCGGCCACCUUCGUCUCGGCCUUCGGCGACCAGGUCAAGGAGCAGAUCCUCGCCGCCUUCGCCGCCAGCUUCAAGCUCGUCUGGAUCAUCUUCCUGGCCCUGGCCGUCCUGGGCUUUCUGGCCACCUUCCUGGAGCGCCAGGUCCGCCUGCGCAGGGACCUGGACAGCGACUUUGGUCUGAAGGAGGCUCGCUGA